AUGUCUGAUUCAGAUUCGGACAAUUUUGAAGAUGCUCAGGAGCAUUUUCAGGACAUCCCAGAAAGUCACCACCGCAACGACAAAGACUUGAAACGAAUCAGAAAAGAUUGCCACGAAGUACUAGCCAAUCUGGAUUCGUCAUUUUGUUCAGACCUCGCGUUGCAUCUCUAUAUGAUCAGAAUGCUGGCUUCGCGGGAUUACUUUGUCGCCAACGGACGUUUUAGCAGCUGGCCAUUACCAAAAAACCAGGUUCCUGUUCCCGUGGCAAGCAGGGAAUAUGUUGACGAGUGCAACAUCCAUGGUGACGCACAGAAACGCCAUAUAGUCCCUUAUGGGGAGAUCUGCAACGAAAACAAGGAAAGGCCUACGGAGCAACUAUUAGAGUAUGUGCCGCCUGCUACCGAUGCCAAAGAGGAACUGGGGUUGCAACUGCGAGCCAUAUUCCAGCAAAAAAUAUACAACAAAGUGCAUGCUUAUAAUCUCUCGAACGCGGCAGCACGAAUUCGAGAUAAAAAUGCUCCUACAGUCAAAUACCUUCCUGUCCUCGAUCCACCCGUGGAUCUUCCGCAAGAAGCCAAGGCAGAGUUAUUCACAAAAAUCAACAACGUUUUCGACAAGUUAAUUGAGCAAAGGAAGGCUUGUGUGAGGGCAGACAGUACUACCGCUUUGAACUGGUUGAGUGUCGCACAGCAGGCUAAAGAUCACGAUGCAAUGGUCUGCAGAGCUGGAACGUCGUAA